AUGCUUUCUGCACCACUGGCCAAAUCUCAUGGAGCAUCUGCCCUGCUGGGCCUGAGCACUGUAAAUGGUCAGAUCAGGCAAGGACAGAGAACAGAGCGGGUCAGUGUUUCUGUGCGUGUUCUUUUCUGAAAGUACUCCAAAUCAGCAGCUGAAAGAAACAGUUAGGAAAGAAGGAACUUCGAAAGUGCAAAAAGGAGUAAGUUUCACUUUCUGAGAAGUCACAAUAUAGCUAAAAGCUGGGAUAUGGUGAGUCUCAAAAUGGACAAGUUGGAAAGGGCUUCUGGAAUCAGGAGUAAUACCUUGUUUAGGUCUCAGCAAACAGCAACCACACCUCUGGGCCAACUGGCCUCAGCUCCUUCUGUGUUAGCAGCACCCAACCGAGCAGAGCUGACAACCACUGCACAAAUGGCUACUUGGGCCUGGGUGGAUGGCCAGGCAGACCAGGUCCAACAGGAUAAAAUCUGGAAUCUGUGGAGGCUGAAGAGAGGAAGGAGAUUGUGGUACCAGAACCUGAGUUUUCUUAAGGACCAUGACCAAAUGGGUAAGAGAAAGGAGCAGAAGCCACUGCCAAACUAUGUCUCAUUUUCAAGCAAAGUUCUCAAUUCAACCAACCAAACUACUGGCAGUCAAAUGAACACUGAGCUUGGCAGGGCUCUGGUAGAUAUUACCUUCAGCAGUGGUACAGGAAAGAGGAAACUUGAGGGUGAGUUCCAGAUUUCUUAGUUCUUCAGUAAUAAUAUAACAGCAACAAAGCAAGUUCUUUCAAGGGUAAAAACAGAUCUUGUCCAACAAUGUCAUAACAGAUGAUCCUCUUUGUAUUUUGGGUGACUGAGCCAUAUAUAGACAGCACUACAGAUCUCAUCCAUCUUUCCAUGAAAAUCUAUGGUAAGGAUGCCACUAACAUCUGAAAGAACAGUACUACAGACAAAAGACCAUUUUUUCCUGAAUUUUAUCCUCUGAAAACAAACAAUUAAUAGAGAUCUUCUCAGAUCAGUCGCAACAUAAACAAUGCACUUUCAGCUCUGAAAGCCAGCAUGACAGAAACACAGCAGCUUGUUGCAUUUCAUGUAGUUAGACAAGGAUUUGUCAGCUUCUGUCAUCUGCAUGUUUAAACUUGCUCUAAAGAAUAAUACUUAGGCACAUGAGACAUGCUCUGUGCUUUUUACCACUCCCUGAUGAGGGAAGGAGACCAAAUAUUUUUUACAUUAGUUUUCAUUUUUGUUUCUGUGGAUUUGCUGCUCUUAAAUUCCUUUCUCUUAUGCUUUUUUUCUGGUUUAGCUGAUGGAAACUCAUUGACAAGGAAGCAGGCUUUCACAUUUUGCUCUGAAGGCGUGUUGGCUCAGCAACCUGUCUUACACCCUCAGAAUUAUCAACCUUGAAUUUAACAGGUUCAUAGUCCCUAAAAUCUGUGGUUGCCCCAGGAAACCAUCCUCAAGUUAAAUCAACACAACAAUACCAAAAGCCUGUUUAGCUACUGCAUCUUCAUUACAUAGAUUGAAACUUUAUGGCUUGUUGUUCUGUGGGGAAAAAUCUGCAAGGAGCAGAGCGUGGAGAGUGUACACACAAUGUCCUUUAAGCUGUAUGUAACUUCUGCAGGAUCAUGCUCAGGCCAAAGUGGAGCUCAACACAGAAGCCAUGAGCACUGCCUGACACAACAGGAGGCAGUCUCUCACCUGACUGAGAUGGAGAUGGGUGCACUCACGCUUUGCAAUUAAAGCAAUUUGUUUUUAUGAUGAGACUUCAGUGGCAGAAGGCAGCUCAGCACACAAGGUGAUCACUGUGACCAGUGUGAUCGCUGAUUCAAGUGGUCUCAGGCAAAAAAAAAAGGCACUUUAGCAGGAAGAGCCAGGUCACACCCCCUGAAAUCACAACUCUAAUGUUCUCCUCUUGGCUUCCUCAGCACAGCGAGAAAUGGAGGAUCAGGGUUUCCAAGAUGACAACUAAGUUACCUAAAGAAGGAAGACCACAUCAUGCAACCAGUCCGGGUGAAGAAGGCUGAUUCCACUCUGUGCAGACAUAAAUGAUGAUGGAGAGUUGAGUUCAGACACACAAAAUGGGAACUUUCUUUUUAAAACUUCUUGUUGAACUGAAAUGCUUUCUGCUCUCUCCUGUGAGCAGAAACCUGCACCAGGAACUCAUUUGUCUUCAC